UUGACGUCCACAGUUUGUCUUAGAAUACAUAUUUGACCGUUGGCAUGUUUGCGUAUUUUUCUUGACACCGUAAGGCGGCGUUUCGUCCCGUAUCCACGUUGAAUGCGGAGCGGUUAACGUGCUAACUGUUGCUAGGUAGCGUUAGCUGUCAAGCUGAGGCCGGUCUUUGUCGUCAUUUUUGUGGGUGUUCACUUCGGUCACUCGGUGUCACUGUUGAAAAGGGCAGAAUAAUUUGACCUAAACAGACUUUUGUAAAUGUAAUGUGAAAUGAAAUGAAAUACUGCAGACCUUGGCUCGAUAUACUCCCAUUCAUUGGUUUAUUUGUUUCACGCAGCGAAAAUAGUGCAGUUUAAUGCAACCGCUAUUUCAUCUUUACCCUUCUUAUUUAAUUUUAUAAUGUUUCGUUUCUGUUCAAACUGUGUUAUUGAGGGCUGUCAGGGUUUUUCUGAUUAAGCUGGCUCGACGUCCUCAGAGCAGAGCAAAAAUGGUUAAACAUUUGUUAAACUCAUUUAAAUUUGCAGUUAAGAACAAGGGCCCGUUGAUGGCGAUAUGCUGCUAUGUUAAAUUAAAGAUUGUUCAUAGCGUUAGUGCCUCAAGAGAGAACAGGUAGUUUGAUUCACCUCAAAGAGCAUGAGAUCAAAUCUGAACAUUUCUGGUCUGGGCCAGGUUAAGCUUGCAGUUGGUUAAAAGAGAGCCACCUCUUGACAUGGUGAACUCUGGUUUUAGACUCUAGUACCUCACUAACCCAAUAUUCUCUUUUCAUAGUACAGCCCACAGACCUCUAAGAGAUAGUCUAUGCUUUUGUUACAUAAUACAGUGACAACAACUAUGUCAACAAUACAACAAUAAUCCCAGUUACAAUAGGGGCAACAGUAAUAACAUUAGCAGCCACAUACAAAAGAGAAUCUAACCUAGCUGCAUCAGUUUAAAGUAAUUUAUUGUGGAGCAGACUGUUUGUGUGGGUUCACGUGCAUCUAUUUCAAUACCUUGUCUUCUUACUCUUCACAACAGAUUACAAUACAAAUACAAACAACAACAAACAGUACAGCACACUUCUGCUAAGGCCGGUCAGUUUCCCACUGUGUAUUUUCUAGUUUUGAUGGCCACUCAAAGCUGCUUUACACUGCAUUCACUCACAUGUCUCUCAUACUCUUUCACACACACUGUGGUGUUAAGUGCCUUGCCUAAGGACACAUUGACAUGUAGGCCAGUGGAGCCGAGAAUCUAACCCACAACCUUCCAGUUCAAAGUUCUACCACCAAGCCACUUACUAGAUCUCCACCAAAAUCUAAUCCAUAACGUGGAUAAUUAUGUGGGAUGGCACUAGUUUGAGCUCAAUGUUCUUUAUAAAGUGAUAACUGAGUGUAGGUCAGGACAUUGAUCGACCAGGUGACAACUGGUUGCAACAUCACCCAAAAUAAUCUAAUCUCUAAUUUUUAAAAUCCUGAUCUGCAGCAAAAGUUCAGAGACAUCACCUGCAACCAGGCUGCUGUUGGCCGAUACAUGCCGUUCAUUAUAAUUUAUUUUCCUUUAAAUGGGAACAUAAUUCCAUAAUUCCAUUGAAGGAGAGCUGAUUGAAACCAUUAUCUUAAAUUGUUAUAAAUAAAUCAGAAGUAGAGGCUAAUUUUUCCAUUGACAUCCAUUCAAACUCAGGUUUGCCCCCUAGUGGCUAUUUGGUAUAUUUUCACUUCCUGUUUGGCCCAAGGAAAAAAUACCAUCUGUGUUUAACUUGGACUAAUUAGACUUAAAUUUUAAAAUUGGAUUUAAAUUGCUGAAUGAUAAGUCAAAACAAACCAUAAAGAUUCUCUGGUUUCAGCUUUUUCAGUUGGACCUUUUUGUGGUUGCUGUUGUUUUCCAUGAAUGUGACUGUUCGGUUAUUGAUUUAUUUACGAUGUAGUAUUGAUUUUUCAGAUCAUUUCACAGAUUUCUGGCAUGUGACUUCUGCACCAAUCAUACUGAAGUUCAAAGUCUUACAUAGAGCAUUUCUUCCCUUGCAGAAUGGAGAAUUCAGAGACCAGCCCCUCCUUGGGAACCUCGGCAGUGCCCGACAGGAGUAUGGUGCGACCCUCAGGACCCCCUGGUCUGCUGUCCGAGUCAGCCAGGCCCUCCAAGCACAGGGAGCACCCAUCAAAGUCACCAAGGAGACGGCGGGAAGUGAAGAGGUCGCAGCGACGGGGGGAUGGUCAUGAACAGCUGCUCUGGGAAAUGGAGAGGCGAAGGUUGCCAGGCCAACACGAGCACUUGGAGCCCUCUGGGUCAGCAAGCGACACAUCGGAAAGCUCACCUAAGAGGAGAGCCCACUUUCUACAUGGACCAUAUCCAGCCACUCACUUCGGACCCAAAGCCUGUAUUCUUCCCAACCCGACAUCAGUCAUGCACAUCCAGGACCCGGCCAGCCAGCGGCUCACAUGGAAUAAACCUCCAGUCAACGUGCUGGUCAUCAGAAAAAUCAGAGAUGAAAGCUUGGUGGAGCCUUUUAAAGAACUCUGCAGAUUUCUAGUGGAGGAGAAGCAGAUGAUGGUGUAUGUGGAGCGCAGGGUCGCAGAUGAUGCUACGCUGUCAAAGGACGAGGCCUUCGGCUCCAUACGCAAUCAGCUCUGCACCUUCAGAGAGGGCUAUGAUGAUAUCUCUGACUGCAUUGACCUGAUCAUCUGUCUGGGUGGAGAUGGGACACUGCUUUAUGCCUCCUCUCUCUUCCAGGGAAGUGUUCCUCCAGUUAUGGCUUUCCACCUUGGCUCACUUGGUUUCCUGACACCCUUCAAGUUUGAGUCAUACAAAACGGAAGUAGCCAAAGUAUUUGAAGGCAAUGCAGCCAUCACUCUGCGCAGUCGUCUGAAGGUCAAGGUGGUGAAAGACAUGCUUCAGAGAAGCCCAGAGCCUCCACAGCAGCAACAGCAACAGGAGCACAAUGGAGUUCUUACUCAAGUACACACCAACAGUGAGGCUGGGAAGGUCACUCUGCAGCUGCAGGUUUUGAAUGAGGUGGUGGUCGAUCGAGGUCCGUCCUCUUACCUCUCCAAUGUCGACUUGUACCUUAAUGGAAGACUCAUCACCUCAGUGCAGGGAGACGGUGUGAUUGUGUCCACGCCCACAGGGAGCACAGCGUAUGCAGCUGCAGCAGGAGCCUCGAUGAUCCACCCUAACGUCCCCGCCAUCAUGGUCACGCCCAUCUGUCCUCACUCGCUCUCCUUCAGGCCCAUUGUUGUCCCUGCUGGGGUGGAGCUCAUGAUCACUUUGUCUCCAGAUGCCAGAAACACUGCGUGGGUGUCAUUCGACGGCAGGAAGAGACAGGAGAUCCAGCACGGAGACUGCAUCAAGAUCACAACGUCGUGUUACCCAGUGCCGUCCAUCUGCUGCCACGACCUGGUGUACGACUGGUUCGAAAGCCUGGCUCAGUGUCUGCACUGGAACGUGCGCAAGAGGCAGGCGCGACUGGCCGACGUCUCCGACUCUGACACUGAAAACUAAACUCUUGGCCGGCAGCUGAGUGAGUGAGUGAGUGAUUUAGUGAAAUUAAGGGAAUAAAGGGAAGGGUGUCUCCACAUCUCCACUCAGAAUAGCAUGUCCAUUGAUACAGUAUCUUAUACUGAGUCAUCAUCAUUCACUACAUUCCCAUGAACUGACGCUCACAGGGAGAAAGCAUAUCUCUCAUUUAGAUUAGAUAAAAACACUGCUGUGUAAUCACGUGACGUAAAACAGGUUUCUUUUCAGCCGCUGACGAGCUUUGCUAGAAAAAUUAGACAAUUGUAAAUGUGUACAUAUACAAGAUGUUAGGGUUCAUUUAUUUGACCUCAUUUACCUAUUUAUUAUAUAUUUUCAAGAAGAGAAACUUUUAAUUUGUGAUACAGAGGCUUUACCGUGUAUCUUUAGUCCUGUGCUGUUUCUGUAACGUACAUAGUUUUUCAGAAUUGUGUGCCCGUUUAUAUUUUACGCAGAGAAUCGUAAACGCCGUAAACGCUUAAUCUGUCGAUUAUUUUCUUGUUUGGUGUUUAGUGUUUUCCAAACCUGGAUAGUGUCUUGUUUUUGUCCACAAAUCUGAAAAUAUUCACAUUUUAGAAGCUGAAGAAAUUGAAAAACUUAGUUAAUAUUAAUCGACAACUAAAUACUGUUACAGCCCUGAAACAGAAGUUUGUAAGAAAAUAAAGAUUUUAAAACAUUC